GCAAUAUUCACGCUUCAGGUCUCGGUAAGCGUUUACUUUUCUUUAUUGCGCACCCUUCACCCUAUUUACUCCCCUUUACCACUUUGUAUUGACGUUGCGGCGCGUGAUAACGCUGUCAACUAAUGCGAUAUCCAGGACAACCAAUUCUUUAGUGAAGCAUAUAUGCAACACAGCAUCAUGCUUUCCGUAUUUAGGGAGGCCGGGCUGUUUAAUGAGCAGUAUAUUCUCGCACGCCAUGACGCCAAAGGCGCCAUUCCCUCAAGCUGGCUUAGGCGGGAAUCCUUGAAGAGGCUAGCUUACUUUGCGUUUCGACUAGACAUAUACUUCUACUUCCUGCGUGGAUACCGCCCGAUGCUGAGAUAUGAUGAGUUCUGCCUCACGCUGCCAUGUUCCGAACGACUCUGGGAGGCACAGACUGCGGAGGAAUGGCACAAAGUGAAGCUGAUCGAAUCCAGAAAGCGGAAUCCAAUGUAUUUCACGCACUUGGUCGAUCAGGCCAUGGACCAGAACUGCCGUGCUACCCUUCCCCCGCUCCUGGAGGACGAGUACCUGUACGGACUGUGCGCGAUGCAAGCAUGGCUCUGGCAAGACGCUCAGCGGCAUCGGUCCCGGACAGAGUCCGCAGGGGUGCGGUCGAACUUGCAAAGCAAGACGCCCGCCAGCUUCUCGCGGAGCUCCGAAUUCUGGACCAAGCAACUGACGCUUUGGAAGGAGGGCUACAGAGACAGGGUACUCGGCCCGGAGCUGUCAUCAAAGGGUCACAGGGAGACGCUUGAGAUCAGCGCUAUCCCACUGUAUCACCUCUCGCAGAUCGUUCUAGCGGCCAAUGUGGAAACACUCAAAGAACUAGCGACCGACAGCCGGCUGCGCCCAUACUCAGGCACUUUCCGAAGACAGCUCGAAUCGAGCACCUUACGAUGGGUCCAGACUCCGGAUGCGAGGUUGGCGGUCUGGCAUGCCGCCAAGAUCCUGAAACUGUUGCGGGACAAGUUUUGCCAGCAGGACACGCAAGGCAACAACCCGUCCUCGACAAUCCCACACAUAGGGCUCAUUGCCUCGAUUGCCCUGUACGAGGCCGGCCUCGUGGUGUGGGCCUAUGCUCGCUCAGUUCAAGUCUGCGAUGCCUGUUCCAUGGGCUCCAGCUUGCAAGCAGCCAGCGACAGCUUAGAGUCGUUUGAGCUAUUUGGAAUGGAGCAGGAUGAACCCUUCCGACAUUGGCUGGAGCAUGGGGGGCGGGAGCUGAUGGACGGGCGUUCUGUAUGUGCUUGUAAUCUCAGUAGUCUUGUCGGUCUCUACGAGGCGGUUCUGCUACGAUGCGGCUCCCAGUGGCGCUGCGUCUCGCAGAUGGCACAGUCUUUAUCACAGUUAAAGCAGGGCGAUUGAACUUGCGAAUAUCAUUCGGAGUGCUCAGAUCUAGUGUGCCUCCGCUGUUUUGUAUGGCUCAUCUUGGGCGGCUGACUAGUACGUAAGAAACCACGCACAAUCGAGAUAUCGCUCUAAACAAUUGUCCAUCUCGAAUGUCGAAUCAUCGAAUCAUUC